AUGUUUUCAAAAGAGAAUAAGAAUUUAGAAAUUAUCCCAUUCCUACAAACGAGGCACACUCUUUCAUUAAUCUUUAAAGCUCUUUUCAUCUGUAUCGUCAUUUGGAACGUUAGCAAUUAUUUGUUUUAUAUAAAGGAACAGAAUGAAACCGUAGAUAAUAUUGGCGGGAACGAACUCGUACCCACAUUAGACACGACACUCAUUAAUGAUAAUGCCGAAGCCGAGGAUGUAAAAAUAGCACACGAUAUCGAGAUAAAUAAAAAGUACUGCGGAUCGGCCGAAUGCAAAUUCUUAUUUGCACAUUAUAUAACAGAACAAGAAUCACAAGCAAAUUCACAUUUUUAUUCAUUUAUACAAUUGGCGGAAAUGCUUAACCGUACAAUCGUAUUGGUAAAUGUACAAAAUUCGAGAUUGGGAUCUUGUCAAAACCUUCCGUUUAGUUUCUAUUAUAACGUGGAGGCGAUCAAGGCAUUGUUUCCAAGGGUAAAUUUUAUCACGCAACAGGAUUUUCUAAAUUGGACCAAACAACUUUAUCGUAAACCCGACACCAUUUUCAGGUAUAUUGAACAAGAUGGUAUACCUAAUACGUCAAGAACGAUAACGAUAGAUUUGGAUGUCCUAUUAAAGGAUGAAUGUCUUGAACAAUUUGACCUUAAUUUUAAAAAAGAUGAUUCCAUUGUCAAGAUGCUUUAUAUUGGGUUAAGAAGUUAUUGGACAACGCAGAUGAGUAACCUUGUCAUCAUAGAUUACCUAACAAAGCACCUAGAUCUUAACGAACCGGUCAUAUUAAUUAGACACGAACUUAGGUAUCCCCUAUUCCCUUCAAAGGGACCCAUUAUACCAUUGCCUUAUGCCAACCACUUGAUGGAAGCGGCGAAUAAGGUGAAGGAACGAUUAAGUAAAUUUAUAGGGAUUCACUGGAGAAUGGAAUCGGCAAAACCAGAAAUGAUGCCUGCUUGCGCCAAAGGGUUGAUUAAAUAUAUCGAAAAGAUGAAAACCACGAGUAAUAUUAAGAACGUAUUUUUUGCCACGGAUUAUCCUUUAACCAAUUUAAGAUCGGCUUUUACGUUAAACACUUGGGUAUCAAUGAGAUCGUUAGAUUACCUUUAUGAAGAAUUUCCCGAGUACCGAAAAGAAAUCGAUCAAGAGUUUGAUGAAUCUGGAGUUCAAGGAAUACUUGACAAGUUGGUUUUGAUCGGAGGGGAUUAUUUUGUAAGUGGACCACGUCAAUGUGCUAGAAUAUUGAGUAAUUUUACAAAAAGGAUUAGCGAGGAAAGGCAUAGAUUAAUAAAUGGUGGAAAUAAGAAGAUCCAUCUCAAUAUAUUCGAUCAUGCUCAAAGGCAAGGUAAACUUUGUCCUCAAAUUGAAGAUCCACCAAAAGGCAACACAAGCCUAUUAAAAAUGACAAAUGCGCCACUUGAACAACUUGAUAACAAUGACAUGAUACAAAUAUUAUUUACAUGCGAUGAAAAGAAUAAACCCGUAUUAUGUAAAAAGGCGAAAACAGCUUUUCAAAACGUAGCAAACUUGGUUUCGGAUACAAUAGAUUUCAAAGUUCCAAUAAUAAUUAACGCCAGCUUUACCAAAAUAUGUGGUAGUUUCAUAAAUUGUGAUCCGACCAAACCGGGACCACUUGGAGCUGCGGGACCGUCAAGGCUCAUCCCUUUAAAGGAUGAUGAUGAAAAGACGAGAUUAUAUCCACAGGCAUUGGUGAAACAAUUUAAAUUAGAAAAGCAUCCCGAAUACUCGGAGGUUGACAUUCAAGCUGGGUUUAAUUCUGAAAUAUCAACUUUUUGGUUUAGAGGUGAUCCCGAAAUUGGCAAAGAUCAGGUAGAUUUUGAAUUGGUCUUGGCGCAUGAAUUCUUACAUGGUUUAGGAUUUCUUUCUUCUUGGGAUGAGUACUUAAAUUUUGAUACCCCAAUCGGUCUAUCUCCUUUCCCAUCAUUCUUAAUUACCACUGAUGAUCUCUCAUCAUCAAAUAUUGGACCAAUCACAUUUACCGGAUUUCAAGAAUUUCCUUUUGAUAGAUAUUUAUCAUUAACCAAAGAUAAUAUUCCUCUCUCAUCUAUCGCUGAUAAAAUAAAUCAAUUUGCAAAUUCCACGACCACGUUUGCAAAUGAACAAGAAUUUACAAAUGCGUUCACAAAUUCCAGUCAAUAUCUAGAAUGUAAACAAAUGCUUCAAAACAGUAUCACGAAAGAUUCUAUCGUAUUCAAGUUAUCCGAUAAUGAUUUAUAUACAAUCGAAACCUCUUUGGUCCCCUAUAAACAGGGUUCUACCUUAAAACAUGGAGAUUUUGAUACUUUUAGCAAUUCUACCGAUUUCUUAAUGAGAUGGAGAUCCCCACGUCAAGUCACCAUGGAAAAUCUGCUAUCUAUCAAUGGUAAUGUUUCCGAUUAUACCAAUCCCAUCGGUCCAAAGACUCUCAAGGUUUUAGAGGCUUUAGGAUACACGAUUAAAAAUAAUCCUAAUGAGCAAACUGCCAAUGAUGUAAAACAAGGUGAUAAUAACCUUCAAUCCACUUCUGGAACAGAAAGUAAAUCAACUCAUUCAAGCACAUUAUUACUCAUUCGCUUAUUCUUUGAGAGAAAUGGAAUCGAAAUUCAUUCUUUCCAAAAUGAUCCCAAUGAAAAAUUCAUUACAUAUUUACCACAUAGCGGAUUUCAUAAUCAAAGAGUCUCAAUGGAGAAUGCAUUCUUCAUGGCAUACUUUUUAAAUAGAACCUUGAUAUUACCUCCAAUAAUUUUCCUUGACGGUAUAUCGCACAUUUAUUCCGAGAAUACCGAUAAACUUUACUCAGGAUUGAUUCCAUUAAAUCGUAAUUCCAACAAUUUUAAAUUUUGCAAAAAUAACCAAUGCAAAGAUAUUCAAUAUACCUUAUAUCCCUGGGAAGAAUUAUUUGAUAUGAGGUGGAUACGAGAACGUAUUAAAAUAAUUCAUCGAAGUGAUUUUAAUUUAUCAUCCCUUCUAAAUUCUUUGAGUAUUACCAACGAAAAGGAAUUUUUGUUCUUAAAAGAUAAACAUAUUUAUCAACAUAAGUUUUAUGAUGAUUCAGAUUCAAAGAUUCCAUUAAAUAAAUAUCAUAUGAGAAUCAAUCUUUCGAAUUUAAAGGAAGAUCAUAAUAACAAAAAAUUAAUUCACUUUGGUAGUUUGUUCUCUGCAUUAAGAAUCGUUAAGGAAUUACCAGAGAGUAAAAUAUUUUGGAAGAAUUUAACACGAGAAUUAGUUCCAAAUAAUCAAAUCAUGAUUGAAAUUACUCGGAAUAUUAUCAAUGAGUUGGGUGGUAAAGGAAAUUUUAUUGGGGUUCAUUUCAGAUUGGGUGAUUCAUUCUUUAAAAAUCACAGAAACGUAACUUUGGAUAAAAUGACGCAAAGGAUUAUAAAUGAUUACAUCAAAAAUUCCGUACCAAACCAUCAAAGUGACAAAUUAUUUAAUUUAUGUAAAAAUGAUUUGAUCAAACCAAACACGGUACCUUUAGUAGUAUUCUUGGCAAGUGAUAAAGACAAAUCAGAUCCUACUUUACAAUCAUUUCUCGAAAUAUUUCCUUGCACGUUUAUGCAAUCUGAUUUUAAUUAUUUACUUGAACCUUUGAAAAAGGUAAUCAAUCCAUUAGAUAAUAUGAAUAUGUAUAAAUUUUUAUUGCCAUUUGUGGAUUUAUUAACUGUCUCGCAUGGAGUUAAAUUUUAUGGGACAGAGAAAAGUACUUUUUCAUCAUACGCUCAACGAUUACACGAUUUAUAUUAA